CGCCCCCUCCAGCUCCUCUUAGCUCCGCUCCUGCCGGUGUCCGCCAGUCGCGCUUUCCAGCUCUCGCCGCCGGCUGCCGUGUUACCGCCGCCUCCGCCGCCCCGCGCCGCUUGGAGCCCCGCGCCUGACCAUGCCCAACAUCGUGCUCUUCAGCGGCAGCUCGCACCAGGACCUGUCCCAGCGCGUGGCCGACCGGCUGGGCCUGGAGCUGGGCAAGGUGGUCACCAAGAAGUUCAGCAACCAGGAGACCAGCGUCGAGAUUGGCGAAAGUGUGAGGGGAGAAGAUGUGUACAUCAUCCAGAGUGGCUGUGGAGAAAUCAACGACAACCUGAUGGAACUCCUCAUCAUGAUCAACGCCUGCAAGAUCGCGUCGUCCUCCAGGGUGACCGCCGUGAUCCCGUGCUUCCCCUACGCCCGCCAAGACAAAAAGGACAAGAGUCGUGCUCCGAUUUCGGCGAAACUUGUGGCCAAUAUGCUCUCGGUCGCUGGGGCGGAUCACAUCAUCACCAUGGACCUGCAUGCCUCUCAGAUCCAGGGGUUCUUUGAUAUCCCCGUGGAUAACUUGUAUGCGGAGCCCGCGGUCCUGCAGUGGAUUCGGGAGAACAUCACUGAGUGGAGAAACUGCAUCAUUGUUUCACCUGACGCCGGGGGCGCCAAAAGGGUCACGUCAAUCGCAGACAGGUUGAAUGUGGAAUUUGCCUUGAUUCACAAGGAGAGGAAGAAGGCCAAUGAAGUGGACCGGAUGGUGCUGGUGGGCGACGUGAAGGACCGCGUGGCCAUCCUUGUGGAUGACAUGGCCGACACAUGCGGUACCAUCUGCCACGCUGCGGACAAGCUACUCUCGGCCGGAGCCACCAAAGUUUACGCCAUCCUUACCCAUGGGAUCUUCUCUGGGCCAGCUAUUUCCAGAAUAAAUAAUGCCGCCUUUGAGGCUGUUGUUGUGACAAACACUAUUCCCCAAGAGGACAAAAUGAAACACUGCUCCAAGAUUCAGGUUAUUGACAUUUCGAUGAUCUUGGCCGAGGCGAUUCGAAGGACCCACAACGGUGAAUCUGUGUCUUACCUGUUCAGCCACGUCCCACUGUAAAUCCAGGAUGUGAGUACUUCUGGUACAUCUAUCAACCAAAUAGACUAGACGUAGCCCUGCGCAGCGGCAAUGUAGACCUUAACUAUUUUGAUGGUCCAGUUCAAAAAAGAUGAUGAAGACGGCCUUGAGAGCAGCUUAAUCCCAGAACUUGUGCAUCCCUUGCUGCUUAUGUGGAAACAUUUCAGUGAAACCACCAAAUACAUUGGUCCUGUCUGACUCUGCUGCAUGGCGGUUGACUUGGCGUACAUCUAGCCAAAAAGGGGAGCCAGAGAAAUAUGAAUAUACCAAAGUUGCUCAGUUUCCAACUUAAAUUACAUUAACCAAUCUUAAAGAGAUUUGUAUUAUAACUUUCCUUUGGUAGAUAUGAUGUCAAAUAGAUUCCGGAACUACAUCAUUUGCAGUGCUUGUAUUGGUUUAGAAUACAGGAUUCGAAGAUCUUCCAACACUGUACUAAAAACAUUUCAAUAAAAUCAUGCUCCUUCUUUCUUUCA